CCUCACGGCUUUCCUCACGGCUUUAUUCUUCUCCGUGCGUGCUGAAUAUACGUGCUGGCUGCCAUAUCACUCUAUGCGAUUUCCGCCUCGCCUCGCGGAGUCGGAUAGAUAGUGCAAAUGUCGGGCAAGAUUUGUUGCGAUGAAAGAGAUACAAAUAGGUCACUACUCCCCUUUGUUCAUGUCAUCUUAAUCCGUUACAACGCAUACCUUCGUCUUCUAAAUAAUUAUAAACCUUGACAUCCGUAUUGGUUAUCUUAUCUAGUAAUAAUGGUAUUCCUCGACUUAGUCAAGUCUUCCAACACAAAACUUCCCUCCCACUUGGUCGCUGUUUUCGUAGGAGGCACUUCUGGCAUCGGCGAAUAUGCUCUUAAGGCCUUCGCUAAGCACUGUAAACAUCCUCGAGCAUACUUUAUCGGACGGUCUCAAAAGGCUGCUGAUCGAAUCUCAUCCGAGCUCAAGACCCUGAAUCCUGAUGGAGAGUAUAUUUUCAUGAGAAUGGACACGGGAUUGCUCAAAAACGUCGACAAAGCCUGUCAAGAGUUGAAAGCGAAAGAGAAGGUUAUCAACAUCCUGUUCAUCACCACAGGUACACUUUCCAGUGGAACAGACACAGAAGAAGGUUUACACCUAGCGGCGUCAUUGAUCGUCCACUCACGAACUCGGUUCAUGCUCAAUCUUCUCCCACUCUUGCGCGCAGCGCCAGACCUUCGACGAGUCGUUUCUGUCAUGGCUGGCACUAAGGAAGGCCCUUUCGUGAAUGAAGAUUUCCAGUGCAGGAAUGUCCCACUCAUGAGAGCACGUGGCCAAGGCGCAUCCACCAUCACUCUAAGUCUAGAAACUGUUGCAAAGAUGGCCCCCGAAGUGUCCUUUAUCCACGACUUCCCUGGCCCCGUCCGCAGUAACAUAGCCCGAGACCCAGGCUUCGUACCGUUUAUAUUGAAAGCUAUCUUUAAGGUCUUCGGUCCCCUUGUCUACAUUCCAAACGACGAAUCUGGAGAGCGCCACUUGUACCUAGCGACUAGUGCACAGUAUCCCCCACAUGAUGGCGAGGCCUCUGGCGUUCCUGUAGGUGGUGGUCUUGCUAUUGCCCACGGUACCAAUGGAAAGCCCGGUAGUGGUGUCUACACCGUUGACCAACAUUGCGAAAGCGGAGGAGCAAAAAAUGAGGAGCUCCUGGCGAAGUUGAGAACGGAAGGGUGGGAUAAGAAAAUAUGGGAUCAUAUUCAGGGGGAGUUUGUCCGGAUUACUGGGAAGGAAUCUAUUUAGAUUGAAGUUGCAGGAACGGAUGGGUUUAGUGAUCGUUUAGCCUCCUCCAACGUGGCAUUCUGUUUGAAGUGCAUUAGAAAGCGUUAAAUAUUUCAUCUUAAUGAAUUGAUAGAAUCGAUUGAA